AUUUCCCUCCUUUUGCCUGUGUGUUCCUACUCUAGCUGUAUCUUGGUCUCGUGAUUAGUAGAAAGUCCUCUUGACUCCUCGUGAACCUUUGGCGACCUCCAAUGAGGGUCGGGACCCAAGCUGGAUCGUAUCUGAUUGGUCUUGCCUAAUAACGUCCUGCAUGAGUGGCAUGACCUCAGAGAAAAGUUGCUGUUUUGGAUACCACAACAUAAUGUGUUUAAGUUGUGUGAUUGCAGUCGCUUUCCCAACCCACAUCAGCAUGUCUGCCGUCUGUCUGAAGCUCAUAACCAUCCUGUGUCUCUCCUGCACUGUUCUGAGCGGCCCAGGGGGCAGUGGAGUGGUAUGGAUAGAUUUUGGAGGAACUGUCACCAUCCAAUGCAGACCUUCUGAAGCAGGCCAGGAGUUCCUGGCUGUGCAGAAGGGUCUCAGUGAGGACAAUCGAAUCUUGUUCAUAGAUGGCAGCUCUCAAAAAAAGACUUUUCACAAAGACUUCAUGGGCAGAAUUCAGUCAAAUGGAGAAUUCCCCAACAUGGAUAUCCUCAUCAAAAACUUGACCACUGAGGACACAGGACCAUACUGGUGUGUGUACAAGAAGUUUGACGUGAAUUCCGGGCAAACCAUAAGCACAAAAGGCACAGGGUCCAUGCUCCUGGUGGUGACAGAUACAGUGAAGCCGUGUGACUCCUCAACCAACUAUCUGCUCCUGGUGUCUGUUGUGAUCAGUGCUGCUGUGCUGCUGGGCAUCUUCAUAUGCUUCCUCAUAUGGCUCAUCAAGACCAAGACUUUGUGCACCACAAAGAAACCGCGGCACGUCCCCAACAAUGAUGUUUAUGAGGACAUGCGUGGAACAAUCAGACGCUAAAGAUGUCAGUCUGCAAGCAAGCAACCUGAAACUCUACAGUGUCUGCACCGCUGAGGCACAAGUGAUGCAUGAGAAGCAAUUCUGCAACUUCAGCAUGUUCUUGAACAUCUCUUCAAGCCUUGUGUGUCUGGGUGAAAGAACGUUAAGACAUUACGGUCCAUGAAUUGUCCCAAGGUACAACACGGGAACACGCGCAAUGCCAGUGAACAGACUGGCACAAUGUAUUAAAAUACUUUAUAUAACUCUGUUUGAAUGUAGUAGGGAGGCUCAAAUGUCAUAGUUUGUCUUGUCUUUCAUUGCAUCAGACAGACAUCAGCACUGGAUUGUCCUCUGACAUGACCUGACAUACAUUUUUAAUGUAAAUAUUUUAAUAUCAUUAAUUUCUUCUGUACAAAGUGAUGAUUAUUUUGUAGAAGCAGCAGGUUUAACUUGACUCCCAUAAAAGAUAUUUACAAUGUUUUGUUAUAUAAUAACUGUAAUUUCAUGUCUACAUAAAUAAAACAAUACAUUUGUGGGAAAAGUA